AUGGCGUCGUCGUCGUUGGCGGGUUUGACAUUUUACUGGCUACGAAAAGUGGCGAUAGCGGCGCUGCUCGUGCUCUACGGACUGGCCAAGGUCUUUGGCUUGAUGGCUGCCUCCACGCCGCGUGGAGGGCACCGGGUCCGGCAGUCCCUCUACUGGCGCAUCCAUGGCUAUGCGAUGCUCGUCUUCGUGGGCUGCUUCUCGCCCAUCGCCUUCGCCUCGGUCUACCAUCGGAUGGCCUUUCUGCGCCAGAACCGGCUGCUCCUGCUGAUUGGCUUCAACCGCUAUGUCCUGAUGCUGCUCUGCGCCUUUGCCACGGUCUGCAUCCACACCACGAAGCAGGAGGAGAUCGUCGGGUGUCUGAACCAGUUGCUUAGGUGUCGCCGCCGGUUGAUGCGCCUGAUGCACACCCCAGAGCUGAGGCAGUCCAUCGACCGUCUGUCCACAAGGGGCAACCUGCUAAUCGUAGGUGUGCUCAUCGGGGUGUUUAUCCUGUCGCCGGUGCACACCCUCCAGAUACUGGCGUGGGACCCCGCGGUGAGGGAAAAUUUCCUGUACGUCUUCAGCCUGCUGUUCAUCUACGCCUGCCAACUGAUCCUGAGGCUCUCCCUGGGCCUCUACGUCCUGGUCCUGGUGCUGCUCGACCACCUGGGGUAUCAUUCAAAUCAACUGCUGGCCAGGCUCCUUGCGGAUGCCGCGUCCCUACGGGCUCCCCUCGGCUAUGGCAUCAUUCGACGGCGUCAGCAGCUGUACCACAGCCAGCAGACGUGGCUGGCCCUCGAGCUCUGGCGCCUGCUCCACGUCCACCACCAGCUGCUGGCCCUCUUCCGUUCCAUAUGCUCGCUCACCGGCCUCCAGGCUGUCUGCUUUGUGAGCCUGGUGGCCAUGGAGUGCAUGGUGCAUAUGUUCUUCACAUACUUCAUGCACUACAGCAAAUUCAUUCUGCGAAAAUACCACCGCGCCUUCCCCUUCAACUAUUACGCCAUGACCUUCGUGGCGAGCCUCUUCGCCAAUCUCGUGCUGGUCAUAUGCCUCACUCAUCGGAUGAUCCGUCGCUUCGCCCACACCCGGGAGGUACUCAGGAGUGGUGUGCUGGCCCUGCCCCCGGGUGGCACGGUCAAACAGCUCAAUGAAACUCUUCACUACUACGGACUGUACCUGAAGAAUGCCGAGCACAUAUUUGCGGUUAGAGCCUGUGGACUGUUCAAGCUGAACAAUGUCUUGCUGUUCUGCAUCGUGGAGGGGAUGCUAAACUACCUGAUGAUACUCAUACAAUUUGAUAAGGUCAUAAACAAAUAG